GUCGCGUCGCCACGAUACGUGGCUUUCACGAUCGAAUAAGUAACUCGACCGAUCCGCGAACCAGCAGUCGAUUUUUGCCGCUACUCGAGCCUCGUCUUCCCCGACCAUGAGGGACAUAAACAAAAAAACUGGCUCUCAGGAUCGUUCGAACGGUCACGGGAUCGAUUUGGUCGCGCAAAACGGAAACGAUGACCUUGAUUCGCUGGCGGCUCACAACGACGAAGAACAACCGAUCGAUCCGUUCUGCGUCGCGGAAAAUCCUCUCAAGAUCACGUUCGAGGACAUCACCUCCGCUGCAUUCAAGAUCAAAGGUGGAAUCAUCAACACACCAUGCGUGAAAUCCCGGCUGUCAGAAGCGACUGGUAUCGAUCUGUACCUGAAGAAGGACUUCCUCCAGCUGACCGGAAGCUUCAAAGAGCGAGGAGCCAGGUACGCCCUGCUGAUGCUGUCAGAGGAGCAAAAGAAGAUGGGCGUGAUCUCAGCGUCGUUAGGUAACCAUGCCCUUGCACUUUGUUAUCACGGGCAAAACUUAGGCAUCCCAGUGACCGUGGUGAUGCCAGUACUCGCACCGAUCAUGAAGAUCGCUGCUUGUCGUCAAUAUGGCGCCAACGUGAUCGUCCAAGGGUUAGACAUGGGCGAGGCGAAACGCAUCGCUCUUCGACACGGGAAAGAGAAGGGACUGACAUACAUAAACGGGUACGACCACCCACACAUCAUGGCAGGUCAAGGAACCCUGGGUCUCGAGAUCAUAGAACAAGUUUCGAACAUCGACGCGGUUGUGAUUCCCGUCGGAGGCGGCGGACUGAUCGCCGGUGUAGCUUUGGCGCUAAAAACUCUCCAUCCAAACAUAACGAUCAUCGGCGUUGAAUCGGAAAGGUGUCCCAGUUUCUAUUCAGCGCGAAAAGCAGAUCGACCGAUACAUACACCUAUAGAGUCUACUUUGGCGGACGGUUUGGCGGUUCCUAUGGUCGGAUACAAUGCCUUUGCCACGGCUAACCCAUUGAUCGACAAAUUAGUCGUGGUGAAGGAAGAGUGGAUAGCCAUUGCGAUCUUGAAGUUGGUCGAAAACGAAAAGUGCAUUGUCGAGGGCGCUGGCGCUACCGGAUUGGCAGCCAUUUUGGCCGGUCAUCUGGAAGAACUCAAAGGAAAAAGGGUGGUCUUGCCACUUUGCGGGGGCAACAUCGACACGACCAUAUUGGGAAGGUGUCUGGAACGAGGCUUGGCGGCGGAAGGUCGCCUUUUGAAGUUCGCGGUGACUGUGUCAGAUCGACCAGGUGGAAUCGCGGAGCUUUGCAGAAUGUUGGCCAGCAUCGGAGUCUCCAUAAAAGACAUCAUGCACGAGCGGGCUUGGAUCAUGGCGGACAUCUUCAGCGUGGACGUGAAGGUAGUCUGCGAGACCAGGGACAAAGAGCACUCGGAACAACUGAAAAAUAUGUUAUACCAAAAUUACCACAGGGUCGUGUUUGGCGCCAGCGAAAUGUCAGUCUACCCCAGUGCCAUAUAACGCGUGACAUUUUUUAAUUCGAAUCUCACCCCAUGCUAUUCGAAUUACAGGGACACGAACGUUUCACUCGGGUUAUUUAUAUAAAUAUUUAACAAUAAUCCUAGACCUAAGAUCGUGGAAGCGAAAAUUUUCAGUAGCUCUACAAGUUUCGAAACUUUGAUCGAGGUAAAUUGUUGAUUCGAUUAUAAAUAAUGCGCGAAUUUUCGGUAUCAAUUUUCUGCGAGCGAAAACGAUAGUACUUCGUCUAACUCGCCGGAAUUUUCCGGCUAUCGAUAAAAACAUCGUUUCAUCGAGUUUCGGUUGCUUUAAACAAGCAAAGGUGCCGCGUGCUCGCCAUUUCCAACGAGCUUUCCCGUAAUUUGCAUCGGGAAGGGAUCGAUGGGCCGGAAAUUCGAGCAGGGAAUCGUACAGAAGGCUCAUAACGCGGAGCUGUAAACGUACACCAACCAGCAACGAAAUUUAUUAUCGCAGGCCGAAAGGAGAGGAUGUAAAAUUCCAACAACUCAGGGCUGGUUUCGAUGCUUUAUACCGUGCAGUCGGCUACGUGUUGUGUUCGCCGUUUCCGCUUUACGCUGAUAUGAUUGGCUUUUUUGCGUAACCUGGGCCCGAUCGUAAAACGAGCAUUUACAAGCAUCACGAGCAACUUACUGUGCGAUUAUCGCCUGUUUGACAACUUCGGGCAACCUGUUCCAAACCGUGUGAAAUUCAAUGCGGAUUACACGUGUAAUUUCCUAGUUAAAGAUAACUAUUUAUUAAAGGAGUUUCUGGCGAAAAAACGAGCGCGGAAGAAGCGUACAGGAUGCAGAGUGUAUUAUGCGAUAAUUGUCUUCCUAACUCUCUAUGUUCUCUUUGGGUACUUUCGAAAAUUAAGAAACGUUGAACGUACAUACACGCUGAAGCCGACGCAAAAUAUUUACUCUCCAUUGACCCGUCAGAGAGUUCAUUGAUAAACUAUCGUCAUGUAAUUACUGUAUAUAUUUAGACAUGACGUAACACUGUCGCAAAUCGUGCACAUAAUUACGAUGUGUCAACAUCGUGUUACAUGUUUUCGUAAUUUCUGAACGCAACGAUUUUCUUUACGAGGAUCCUUUGUUUCUUAAAGAAUCCAAUCUUAUCGCCUUCCCGUUUAAGUCGAUUUUGAUCUGCUCAUAGUGCAAAAGGGAAAGAAAUUUUCUGUAGAAAGUUUGUAACGUCGCCAUAAUAUUUUUUCACUAGACCGUUCUUUAAAGAGAAAAAUCUUAAUAUUUCUUCAGUUGGGUCAAUUUUAACCCGGUGCCGGAGAGAGCUCUGUCCUGCCAGAAUAAAUUUCUUUGCAGAGACAGCGUGUUUUCAACGAACACGCUCGCGUUUCGGUCGAGCAUUUCCAUAAAAGGACGUAGCUGUCAGGGGAUUAAUGUAUCUUUACGAUGUUACGGCUCGGUUUCGUCGCGUUACACGCUCGAAUAAUAAAUGCGCACAGCGAAAGUAUUCUGAAUCGAGUUUCUGCUCGAAGUUUAACAGGUCGCCAACGUAUUAAAUAUAUUCGAGCAAUUAAAAGAAAAAUAAUGUACAGUCAUGUUGUAAAAGAAAGUCUCUAUCAGCUCAUCUAGUGUGUACUCCAAUCCCUAAUGUCUUGUACUCUGCCACAAAGUUCUAACGAAGAAUACAGCGAAGCUAAGAAGUA